UCGAGUUGCACCCGUGUUGAACUUGUUAUACCAGGGGGGUGGUUUGAAUAAAAAUAACCCCCAUAGUCGUAUAGACUGGAGUACUUGGUCACCAGGGAGUGGCACUAUUUGAGAGGAUUAGGAGGUAUAGUCUUAUUAGAGCAAGUAUGUCACUGGGGAUGGGCUUUGUGGUUUCAAAAAGCCCCUUCCAAGCCCAGAGUUUCUCUCUUCUAUUGCCUAUGCAUCUGGAUGUAGAACUCUUGGCUACUUUUCUAGCACCAUGUCUGCCUGGGUGCUACCAUUUUUCCCUCUGUGAUAAUGGACUGAACCUCUGAAACUGUAAGCCAGCCCCAGUUCAAUGUUUUCUUUUGUAAGAAUCCCUGUAACACAACCAAGAUGGGAGGCUCCUGAAGACCAACACCUGAGGCUGUCCUCUGGCCUCCACAUGAAUGUGCAUCCACACCCACACCAAUACACAUGUGCAUGUGCUCACACAGUAAUUUAUUAUAGUCAACGUACAUCUAGUUUAGAAGCAGUUGCAGGUAAGCUGUCACUACUUUAGUAGACUAAGCUGGAGUUGGCAUAAACUUUAGCACAGCCUGUUCAGUCCCAUCAUGGCAACAUUGUCAUAUGAGAACUGAAAGAUUAAAAAUUGGGUGUGUUGCUUUAAGAGAAGAAUGUUUUCGGUCCUCAGGUGGAGUCAUUUCCGGGCCCAGUGAUAAGGCUGGGCUAGAAAUGACUGCUCCUCAAUCAUCAGCACAGGGCUGUAGGGACACCUUCAGAUCACCAUGUGGACUUUCCUGCAUUCAGGUUGCUUAAGUUGCUUUUACCUUAAGAACCAAGACUUCCAACACGAAAGAUACUUAUGGUAGAACGUCCUGUGUCUUGACUGGACCAAUGUCAGCAUUCUGGGUGGGAUGUUGUCCUGCAAGAGGGAGUGUCUCUCCAUUCACAUUGGUCAAGCUGGUGUUCAGAUUGGGGAUGCUUGCUGGGAACUGUAUUGCCUGGAACAUGGAAUUCAGCCAGAUGGCUUUAUUCUGGACAGUCAACACGAUCAUUUGGAAAAUGCUAAGACGGAACAUAGGAGUGCAUCUUUAGAUACUUUCUUUGAUGAGACAAGAGCCGGGAAGCAUGUGCCAAGAGCUCUUUUCAUGGACCUUGAACCAACUGUUAUAGAUGGGAUCCGUGUGGGAAAGUACCACUCACUCUUCCACCCGGAACAGCUUGUGAAUGGAAAAGAAGAUGCGGCAAACAACUACGCACGAGGUCGCUACUCCGUGGGCUCAGAUGUCAUCGAGCUUGUGUUAGAAAGGAUCCGGAAGCUGGCAGAACAAUGCAGUGGACUUCAGGCAAUUUCAAUUUACCGGAGCUUUGGAGGAGGCACAGGGUCGGGAUUUACAUCUCUCUUGAUGGAGCAGCUCUCGGCAGAGUAUUACAGGAAGACAAAAUUGGAGUUCUCUGUCUACCCAUCUCCUAGACUCUCCACCGCUGUAGUAGAACCUUACAACGCCAUUCUCACCACUCACUCUACCAUAGAACACUCAGACUGCACGUUCUUGGUGGACAAUGAGGCUCUCUAUGACAUCUGCCGUCACAAACUUGGUGUUGAACAUCCUUCCUAUGCUAAUAUCAAUAGGCUGAUAGCUCAGGUGUUAUCUUCCCUUACCGCUUCACUCCGCUUUGAAGGGCCUCUGAAUGUGGACUUAAUCGAAUUCCAGACCAACCUAGUACCUUAUCCCAGAAUACAUUUCCCCAUCCCAUCCCUUGCCCCCAUCAUCUCUGCUGACAAAGCCUACUAUGAGCAUCUCUCUGUGCAUGACAUCACUGCUGCUUGCUUUGAGUUCUCCAACCAGUUGGUCAAGUGUGAUCCUCGGCUUGGGAAGUACAUGGCUUGCUGCCUACUAUACAGAGGAGAUGUGGUCCCUAAGGAUGUGAAUGCAGCAAUUAUAGCCAUGAAGUCAAGGACCUCUGUUCAGUUUGUUGAUUGGUGUCCAACUGGUUUCAAGGUGGGCAUCAAUCAGCAGCCGCCUACGGCGAUGCCAGGAGGGGAUCUAGCCAGGGUUCAGCGAGCUGUGUGUACGUUGAGCAAUACCACAGCGAUUGUGGAAGCCUGGGCCCGCCUGGACCACAAAUUUGACCUCAUGUAUGCCAAGAAGGCAUUUCUGCACUGGUACAUCAUGGAAGGCAUGGAGCAAGGGGAGUUUAUAGAGGCCAGGGAAGAUCUGGCUGCUCUGGAGAAAGAUUAUGAGGAAGUGGGACUGAGUUUUUGAUGUAAAGAUGACAAAGCAAAUGGAUACUGAGUUAAAAUGUCAUUAUUUGUUUUCAAGCUAUUAUAUACUUAAUGAAUAAAAGGAAAACAGAAAUCCAAUCAUCAAGGUCACAAAUUGUGCAUUAAAUUAAAUAUAUCAAUAUCAACAAUACAGUCAUAUUUUCUUGUGCACAGUAGAAUUCAGCUCUGCUAAUUGAGAAUCUUCUGAGGAUUGCAGUCAUUUGAUAAGUCUCUUCUAGGUAGAGUUAUUUUGUUACAAAUUCUUAUGUCACAGCAAAAACCUGACUUUAAUCUUUGCCCCUCCAGUUUAAAAAACAAAACAAAGCACCAAGCAAGUAUGGAACCUUAAUGUGCUUUUCCUUUUCUGUAUCUAAGAAGGAAAACAACACAGAUUAUGAAUGUCAUUUCUCUAUUAUUUAUGUAUUAUACAUCAAUUAAAUCACAAAUGUUUUCAGAA